ACUGGGGUUUGCAACCGCUGUGGCUUUUUCUGUUUCCUGUUUCAGCAAAGCACAAGGCUGCUCACAAAAAGAAAGACAUCACCCAGAAGAGAAAUGCUGAUGAGGCGCAGAACCAUGGACUGAGAGCUUGCACUCCACUCUGCUGCUGCCUUGCCCACCUGAGACCAGCACCAAGAUCUGCCCAGGAAUGGGAGUGCUUUCCUGAGCAGCUUGGGUUGGAGCCUGGGAACCAGAGUAACUGAGAAGGAGGACAUUUUCGUGUUCAGCCCAUCCCUGUCACUUGGCAGUCCCAUGUAGUGUCUUGCUUGUAAACAAAUCUGAGUGAUCAAGACAUACUGGAGAGCUGGAUAUGGCUCCACUCAUCUAUGCCACACCAAAUCCUCCCAGAUGUGGGAAGCAAACUCAGAAGCAAACUCAGAGCUGACCUUACCCCCACUAAGGAGCCAUUUCUACUGCAACCUCCGUCUUGGGGAAUAAGAUGCAAUAUCUGCCUGCCAAGAAGCAGAGACCAGAACAGCCAUCGGCAUCAGUGGCCUGAUGAGGACAGCCUAGGAGGAGAGUCCACAGAGACCUUAUCUCAGGCCCCCAUGUCCUCCUCCACUAGCCCUUUCCUCUUCACAACAAGAAGGCAGAAGGAGACUGGAUAAUCAGAUUUGCCUCCACUACAAAGUCUUUGGGUAACCUGGGGCCAAACAAGGAGGGAACCAGAGCCCCACAUGUUUAAGAUAGAAUGAACUUCAAUUCUUCACCUCCUCUAGUCUUUGCCUUUCUGCCUGGCUUAACUGAGACUGUGAUUGUGUCCAGACUACAGAGAAGCCUUUUCUCCUUGUGGUCCAAACCCAGCAGUCAGAUGAACCACAGUAGUAAAUUUGCUCCAUCUGAUCCAAGCAGCUAUUCCAGGAACUGGAAGCCAAGCACAACAGGUGCUCAGGAGGUCAUCAUGAUCAGCCCAGACCCCAGGCGCUGCCCUGGCUUGGCCCGACGGGCUGAGAGCUACGAGGCCAAGUGUGAGCGCCGGCAGGAGACCCGGGAGAGCCGCCGGUGCCGCCCUAAUGUGACCACUUGCCGCCAGGUGGGAAAGGCGCUGAGGACUCAACAGAGAGAGCAGCUCAAGAGAGCCCGACAACAGCAGUUCUUCAAGAGAAGGAACCUGGAGGUGGAAGAGAAGGGCAAGACACAGAGUUCCCAGGCUAGGGAGCAAGGUCCCUCCAGAAGGACAGGACAAGCAAGUGACCUCAAGGAACCCUUGUCUUGGGCCAACAGGAGCUCUGCCUUCAGACAGCAGGUGGCAGGGACCCGCUCUAAGGUCCAUCCAACCCAGCCACAGCCUCCCUCAGGCAUCUGGAGGGAUUCAGCUGAGCACCACUCCUCACAGUCUGGAAGCCUUCCACGACAGGACUCUCCCACCAAGAGGCCACCUAAACACCACCGGGGCACUCAGACAAAGGCCGAAGAAGCACAGCCAACAAUUAAGAACGACGCCAGUCAGCAAACCAAUUGUGGAGUUGCAGUUCUGGAUAAGGAAAUCAUCCAGCUUUCUGAGUACCUCAAAGAGGCCCUACAACGGGAGCUAGUCCUAAAACAAAAGAUGGUGAUUCUCCAAGACCUGCUGUCCACCCUUAUACAGGCCUCUGACAGUUCCUGGAAGGGACAGCUCAAUGAAGACAAAUUGAAGGGCAAACUGAGAUCCUUAGAGAACCAGCUAUACACCUGUACCCAGAAAUACUCCCCUUGGGGGAUGCAAAAGGUUCUGUUGGAAAUGGAAGACCAGAAAAACAACUAUGAGCAGAGGGCCAAGGAAUCACUGCAGAAAGUGCUAGAGGAGAAAAUGAGUGCAGAGCGGCAGCUGCAGAGCACACAGCGAUCCCUGGCUGUGGCAGAGCGGAAGUGUGAAGAGUGGAGGACCCAGUACGAGGCUCUGAAGGAGGACUGGGGUACCCUGGGGACCCAGCAUAGAGAGUUGGAAAGCCAGCUCCAUGUACUUCAAUCCAAACUGCAGGGAGCAGACAGCAGAGACUUACAGAUGAAUCAAGCCUUGCGACUUUUGGAGAAAGAGCACCAGGAACUGCAGGCCAAGAUUGAACGCCUGCAGGGGGACAGGGACCUGUGCAGCUCAGAUACCAGAGACCUACAAGAUCAACUAAAGAGAUCAGAGGAGGAGAAACUUGCCCUGGUGGCCAGAGUACAGCAGUUACAAAGUCUGCUUCGGGAUCAAUCCUUACAGCUUCAAGAACAGGAGAAACUCUUAACAAAGAAAGAUCGGGCUUUUUCUGUGUGGCAUCCAAAGCCUUCCCAUAAAGAAGUGGAGCCUGAGGGUACAGGGGAGGAGAAAGACUGGGAUCUCAGAGACCAGCUGCAGAAGAAGACUUUGCAGCUCCAGGCCAAGGAAAAGGAGUACACAGAACUGCAUUCAGAGCUGGACAACCUCAGUGAUGAGUAUCUCUCCUGCCUGCGUAAGCUGCAGCACUGCCGAGAAGAGCUGAAUAAGAGCCAGCAGACACCUUCCCGAAGGCAAUGUGGCCGAUGGCUCCCAAUGCUGAUUGUGGUGAUUGCUACAGCGCUGGCAGUGAUUCUGGCAAACAAGGACAGCCUGAUGAUAUGAAUAACCUGUGACGCUGCCCUUGAUAAGAAUCAGAAGCAAGAAGCUCAAUGGAAAACUCAGAAGAUUUGGGUAUUUUACAGUUUGGGGUUUUCCCAACUAAAAGUUGGGAUUUCUGACUUUGUUAUUAUUUUUGGAAUCUACUGAAAAAUAAACAAAUUUUACCUGA